UGGCAACAUUGUUUUUGACUUUCGUAAACGUCAACCUAUUUUGAGGUUAGAUACCGCGUCGUUUCGGUUUCCUUUUGUUUUUCUUUCGUAUUAUGUAGUGUUUCAGCGUUCAAAAUGAGUUCACCGAAGCAGGAAAGUGAUGAAGUGUCGUCGAGUGCCGAUUUGGUGAACAAAACGGGCGAGGCCGGCGGCGACGGCGUCGCGUCGUCCACGGACGGGCCGCGGCCGCCCGCCAAGCGGCCCGCGACCACCGUCAUCGAGAUCUCCGACACAGACACCGACGACUCGGACAUCUGCGCCGUCACCUCGUACCAGGCCUCCGCCGACGAAGUCAAGCGCAUCCGCGGAGACGAGUACUCGUCGACGUCGUCGUCGUCGGAGUACAGCUCGGACUCGGAGUCGGCGUGGGAGGACGACUCGGUGGUGCUGCCGGACCCGGCGGGGGCCGCGGGGGGCGCGCGGGCGGCGGGGGCGGCGCAGCUCAACCUGCGGGCCAACCGGACCGAAGACCCCAUACUCAACCCUAAAAUUAAGGCUGAAGAAACCAUAGAAAAAUUAGCAACACAUUGGAAGGAACAAAAAGACCUGAGCACAGCCGACAUCAUACUGACGCAGGAACCAUUCCCCCUCUGUCUGCUGCACAACUUCCUGAGCAACCCGGAGAUCAUCAACAACAUUGUGGAUGACAUGAACACACUGGACUGGACGCGGAAGAAGAUGGAUCUGUAUGAGUUCCACCAGACCGCAGACCUUGCCACCCUCACGUGGCAGCGCAGCAUACGAGGCAUCUACGAGCUGCUCAAGACUGAUGUCAUGAGUUGGGUAUCAUCAGUAACCGGGCUCACCCUGACCAACGUCUCCGCGUCCUGCUCGCUGUACGGCCCCGGGGACCACCUGCUGGUGCACGACGACCUGCUGGGCGACCGGCGCGUGGCGUUCAUCCUGUACCUGGCGCCGUGGACGCCGAGCGCCGGCCGCUACUGCGUGCGACAAUGUGAGAACGGGAACGGGGAGGAUAAGGAUGAUGCGGAGACGAUAGAGAUCGAGGACAUCCAGGGCUGGUCUGCGCACAUGGGCGGCGCGCUGCAGCUGCUGGGCACAGACAGCGCGGGCGCGCCGGCCGCCGCGCGCCGCGUGGUGUGUCCGCGCAACAACAUGCUGGCGCUGUUCCCCGUGUCGCCCGCCUCCUUCCACCAGGUGGGCGAGGUGGUGUCGUUGGAGCUGCCUCGUCUGUCCAUCAACGGCUGGUUCCACGGCCCCGCGCCCGCCGAGGCGGACCCCGCGCCGCCCGCGCCGCCGCCGCCGCCCGUCAUACCCUGCAAGCCACACUCUGAGCCGUUCGUGCUCCCCGAGUGGGUGUCAGCCGCGUACAUGUCGCCCCGCGCGCGCGCCGCCGUGCAGGCGCAGGUGGAGGCGCGCUCCGAGGUGUGUCUGCGCCGCUUCCUGCAGCCCGCCCAGUACCAGCAGCUUGUGCACGCGCUGCAGGCUCCAGACCUGACGUGGGAGUGGUGCGGCCCGUCCAACCAGCGCCACUACCGGCGGCUGGUGCCCCCCUCCCCGCGCCCCGACGCCCCCCCCGGCGAGUCCCCCGCGCCCCCCGCGCACCCCGCGGCCGCCCUGCUGCUGAUGAUGGGCUCGGCGCCGUUCCUGCGGCUGCUGUGCGACUGCACGGACCUGGCGCUGGCCAGCUACGAGCGCCUCGAGCUGCAGCGCUGGCGCCCCGGGGACUUCACCCUGCUGCCGCCGCGCGAGCAGUACCUGGAAGCCCGCCUCGAGGUGGUGAUGUACCUGGGCGUGCCGGAGCGGGCGCUGUCCGGCGGCGCCACCACAUACCUCGCGCCCGAGGACGACGCGGCCGCCGCGCCCGCCCUCGUCACGUUGCCGCCUGUCAACAACGCACUGAACCUGGUCUACUGCGACGCGGGCGCGGCAGGGUUCACCAAGUACCUGAGCCGCAUGACCAUGGCCGAUGACGAGCACUUCUACAUACUCACGUGCACCUACCGCGAGUGACAGCCCUAGAGGUUUUACCACGGAUUUUUUUGUAAGCUGGGAUUACUCCGGCCGCGGUGUUUUCUCUCGGGACUUGUUCAGGAGUGUUUGUAAUAAGGGUAAAAGUGACGCAAGACGUGAAGGAAUCUGUUUAGGAGUGGUUUUGUGUUACUGAGAGGAUUUCAUUGAUACUGUGUGUGAAUGGUGAUACGUGUAAAGAUGCAACGUUUCCUACCUGUGUUGUAAGUAAUUUAAUUAAUAACGCAAUUUGUUCGUUUAUUCAGAUUGGGUAUGUCUGAGUUUGAGUUUAAUGUUAUACGCACCUACUUUGCACCUACUUAAUGAUUUGACCAAAAACUUUGAAGACGCUAGAAUAGGACAAGAUAAAAUGUAUUUUUUAUUAUCCGUCCCCAGGGAACUACUCAUAAAACAUCAGAAUCUUGCUGCGCUCGCGCUGCAUGUACUUUGUGCAGCCCAUAUAAUUUUAUAAUGAAUGGUUCAUAGAUUUUCCAAUCAAUUUGCUAACAUUAGCAACCACUUUUUUCACUUAUAUGAUUAUUGAAACCAGCAGGCAGACGAGCCUCCUACCCGGGAGCUAACUAGCAUUUGCGGGCAAGAGCCACGGUUCAAGGGCACCUCCCAGCUAGACAACAUGAAUACGAUGAUGGUACUUGUCGUCGGCUGAUGCCUAGUUGACUCACUCGGGUUGUAGUGUUGUACCUUUAUACGGUCAGAUUCAUUAGUAGCUAUAUACACUUUUACUCACAAACCAUGACAAACCGUCAAUGGUGAUUUGUAAGUUAGACAAGGUACAAAAGUGUAUAGCUGUGAAGCUGACAGUAAGUACAUACAUGUUUUCUUUGUUUGCGUGAGUGCCCUCACUUCUUGGUGUAAGUGCGCGGCGUGUGUGUGAAGCGUUAUAUAAUAAAAAAUGAGUUUUGUAAAUAUAGAAUUAUAUAUUAAUAAUUAAAUGUAAAGAAC